GGCAAAUGUCAUUGAGGUGGAAGUGGGUGGUCUAGGUGGUUGUUAGGGGGAAGGGAGUCACCUACAUUGCUGUAUAAAGGCAAAGGUCAUUGAGGUGGAAGUGGGUGGUCUAGGUGGUUGUUAGGAAGGGAGUCACCUACAUUGCUGUAUAAAGGCAAAGUCUUUGAAAUGUUGGCUCAUCUCCGUAAAAUAAACAAAGAGGAAGUCAAUUUAUUCUUGGAUUUAGCUGAGAAAGCGCGACUAAUGGUAGAGAAAUAUUUCAACUUGACUCGACCUCUAUAUUUUGAUUUUACUCAUCUAGUGUGUAGAACAGCUAUUGAGUUGAAAUCUGGCGAAGAGAGAGAUGAUUUAAGUCAUCCUGUUCAUGCUGAUAAUUGUAUAUUACAACCUGAUGGAUCAUGUAUUAAAUCAUUUCCUGCUUUUACCCAACGUGAUUUCAGCGCCAUCUUGUAUCUGAAUGAUGAGUUUGAAGGAGGAGAAUUUUUCUUUGCACAUUCCAACAAAACAGAACAGGUUCAAGUCAAGCCAAGGUGUGGACGUCUGGUUGGUUUUGAUUCAAAGGAAUUCCAUGGAGUAAAAGCUGUACGAAAGGGUCAGCGUUGUGCUCUGGCUCUGUGGUUUACGUUGAACCCAAACUAUAAAGAAUUGGCCCAUGUUCAGGCCCGUAAGAUCAUCUCCAGGAUAUUUCAAGGAAAUGCAGAGAAGGAUCCACUCUCUGAUUUGAACCUGGAUAAAAAAGAUGGAAAGAACGGAGAAAAUAACAAAAAAUCUACCGAGAGCCAAAUGGAUAAAGGUAAAAAAUCUAACCACGAUGAUGAAGAUAUCAAAGAAGAAAAUAUUAGUAGACAAAGAGAAAAUGACUCAGGAAAGGAUGGCUCAUCGCAGUCCGUGGACGAAUCCGAAAGAAUUUCAGAUAAAAAUACAUUAAGUGAUAGCGACAUUUUUAAAGAAGAAUCCGAAAGGAUGAUUUCUCAAAAAGUUGAAUCAAAUCAAGAAUCAAAAUUUAUUGACUCCAACAGUGAUAGUGAUGUUUUCAAAAUAACAGAAGAAGAUGAGUUGGAUUCUAUGCGAAUUUCAGAGAUUGAAACGGAGACUGUGUCUGUGAUGGAUUCUGGACUGGAAGUCGAGGCUGAUGGUGCUACAUGCAGUAGUGACCUUGACAGCCAGGAAACCUGUGGUUUAAAAUUCGAGCCAAAAAUAGACAUAAAUAUAAAAGUUGAAAAAGUUGGAAAUCGUCAUGGCGAAACAUCCGAAAAUAAAGAAUCUCCUACCGAAAAAAAUGAUUUAUAAAAAAAAAAAACGAUUAUUUUAUUUCUUGUUUCGUUGUGGGUGCACGAGGGGUUCACUGUCAGCACUAUCAGUGUCACGAUUCCUUCCUUUCAGCACAUCUUAAAAAAUAUGGAUACCUUGAUCUCAAAGAUAAAUAAUCAUAUUUGAUCAAAAUCCUGGUCUCCUACUUUGAGUUGUUUUAUUAUUAUUUGACGAUACGAAGAGGCAUGGAAUGAACGAGACCCUAUAGGUACCUAUUUUUUUCCAUAUUCCAGAAUCUCAGUCUACUACGCAGGGGAUAUUAAUUAUUAUUUUUAUUAUGAAUGCUUGACGAGAUGAAGAUGGUGUGAAAUGAGUGGGACAGCUAGUGGAACCUGUUAUUUCUGUGUUCCAGAAUCUCAAUCCACUACGCAUGCGAUAUUAAUUAUUUUUAUUAUGAAUGCUUGACAAGAUAGUGUGGAAUAAGUGGGACCCUUGUAGAACCUGUUAUUUCUGUGUUCCAGAAUCUCAGUCAACUAUGCAUGGAAUUUUUUUAUCUUUUUAUUAUCAUAUCUUUUAAAUAGAGAGAAUAGAGUGUAGACUGUAAAAAUGUGAGUGAAUAAGGCAGCCAUUUUGAUAAUAAUGGGCAGGUAACUCUCUGUAAUUAAUUGACAGGCUAGAUCUAUUUUUUAAGGCCAACUCAAUUAUCAUCAAAGUCGCUGAGAUGUAAAUAAGAUUAGGGCACCUGAUUGUUGUUGGUGAGAUUGUAGGUUAGGAUUAGGGUAAGCAUUAGGGCUAGGUCCAGGGUUAGGAGGGUUAGGGUUGGGAUUAAAGCUAGCCCUGUUUAUAUCUCGUGACCUUUGACCAUACUUGAAGUUGGCCUUAUCAAAUGGAUCUAACCUCGUUUUGGAGUCUUACUAUUAAUAAUAAUCACCGACAUUUACCUUUAUUUUUGUCAAUUUCACUUAUCUAUAAUUUUAUAAUUUUUUUUUAUCUUGGGUGUAGCCUUUAUUUUUGUCAAUUUCAGUUAUCAAUAAUCUUAUCAAUAUUUUUUUUUAUGAAACCAUAAAUUUCUUGAAUGUAGCCUUUAUUUGUCAAUUUCAAUUAUCAAAAAUUUUAUGAAUUUUUUUUAUGAAACCAUAAAUAUCUUGGAUGUAGAUUGUGCAUAUCUGUAACGUAUCUUUUCUUUAUUGGUCACUUUUUGCAAUAUUUUGUGCGAUAUUGACAAAAGAAAUGCAUUGUACGUCCGUCCUUAUCUGUAUCAUUAGUAGGAUGGCCAUUUUAAAAUUUAUGUGUAGCGACUGAUAUUAUGUUCACUUUUUUUCUGUGAAAGCAGAAGUUUCUUGCUGUACAUUAUUACCUUAUAUAUCUAACUUACUGACAGUUUAUCUAAUAGCAAACAUUACUAUACUCUGUAGUAACCUUAAUAAAAAUACAUUAUGCAAGAGCUAAAUCUGCCUAUUGCAGGUCUUUCUUUAGGCCUGAAAUGUUAUAUAAAUUAUUAAUUAGACAUUAAUUAACUGAUCCAGGCCAUAAUCAACUCUAGAUGGCAUCGUAUUUCUCCGAUAUUAAAUAAAUUAGAACAGUUAAGCCAUAUUUUGAUUUAAUAUAAAAAUGGAGGAGCGAGACUUAUCUCAAACAACCAGUACGGUGGUUGCAAUUAUUGCACACUGUUAAAUCUUCAAAGGCUAAUAUCUUCGUUCGCAAUAGAGUAAUUUGAAUGAAAUUUUCAAUAUUUUCCUUUUACAUUAUCUAUUUUCAAACUAUUAUAGCAAGAAUGGCUAGCUCUUUAUCGAAAUCUUACAUAAUUUAUUUUUAAUAUAACCUAUUGACAAUUGAUCUUAUAUCAAACAUCAAUUUAUAGUCCCAGUGUAGUAUAAGCAUAAACCAGGGCCCGGUUUCUCAAAAUCUUAACUAAAGAUAAAAUUAUAAUUUUAGUAGAUACUUCAAUUUUGAUUGGCUAAGCACUAAAAUUAAUCUAAUAUUAUCCAAUCAAAUUACUAAAAUUUGGAUUUUAUCUUACUUAAAAUUUCGUAAAACAGGCCUCCGGUCCCGGUUUUACAUAGAUUUCUCAGUUUUAAGUUAAGAAAUGAAAUGAAAUGGGGUUUAACGUCCUACUGUUCUGCUCCUAUACUGGGCUAAUGAAGAUGGGCAUACACCAUACAGUGUGCUAUGAGGGAAAUUUUGCCCGGGCAGCCUCACUAUCACCUACUCUUAUAUCAAAUUCCAACUGCCAAGGGAUCUUUUACGUACAUUCCAAUGUAUACACGGGACCUCAGUUUUUCGUAUCAUCCAAAGGACUAGACAGCUGUCCUUGUCAGGCCCUCAGUUCUGCACCACUGACAUGGGGAAACCACGUCGGCAAAUCCAGAUGAACUUUCUCGGCUAAUGCAGGGAUCGAACACCCGACCUCCUGGCUAGCGAGCCAGCGUCUUAACCACCUGGCCACCGUGGCUCCCUUUUAAGUUCAGAAUUUAAUCAACUUUCAAUCCCUAUUUAUGAGAAAUAUCUUGGUUCCAAAAGCACAAAACUUUGAACUUUGUUUCUUAUUGAUGUAUUUGAUACAUUAAAACAACAAAACUUUUAUAAAGGGCUAUAUUUUAGUUAAAAUUAGGCAAACAAUUUUGAGUAAAUUCUUAACUAAGUCUGAGAAUAUUUUGUGAAACCAGGGCCAGAUCUCUGGUUUAAGUCAUAAUUACCUGUCUUGACUGAUUGGCAUUAAUUGAUAAUAACUUAGUAGAUAAUUCACCUGUCAGUCAAUUAACAUACCAUGAAAUUAGUAACAUUUAAACACAAUCAUCACAGUGAAAUAUCUAGUUUUUCUGUGUUAGUUACUUUGAUUAUAAACAUUUGAAUAAUGCCAUAAUAUCUGGUUUAUAUAAGGACAAUAUGGUAGUUUUUUAGCAUGCAAGCUUUAUCAUAAGGUCUGUCAUUGAGUCAGCUGGUGGGGUUUCGAUUCCCCUGUUGUACAUGGCAAGGAGUAGGGUCGUCUGUCCAACCCCGUGGGUUUUCUCCAGGUCCUCCGGUUUCCUCCCACUGCUAAAGACCCCUACACGCAAGCGAAUUAUUGAAAUAAAAUUGAACCAUGUGUUAGUCCCGAAAUGACCUAGUUUGUGUCGAGUGGACGUUAAACCCAUUUCUCUCUCUCUCUCUCUCGUAUAUCAAGUUUUGACUGACAGGUACUGGUUUUAAAGUGAAAGCUCUGAUAUGAUGUGAAGGCAGGAUAAACACAAUUAAAUUUAAUAAGUCAGACUUUUUAAUCUACGUCAAUCCAUCAAUACUUACAUAUAGACAGCAUUUAUCAAAGUCCUAGUGUAGAUUUGUAUAUCAAUAUUACACACAGAUAUGGAAAGCAUUUAUCAAAUAUAUUUUCUAUCAUAAAGUUUUAUUAUUUUAAUGACUGUGCAAUAAAUUAAAUUUUAUUCUAAGUGUA